AUGGCUGAAACCUCAGCAAUAUCAAGGGCAUUCGCAAUACCAGAGCUUCUCCAUGAAGUCUUAUCUUAUCUUCCCCAGACUUGUCUUUUAUCCACAAUCCCACUUGUUUGCAGAAGUUGGGGGGUAGCCCUUACCUCACCGUCACUUGAAAGAGCUCAAUGGUUUCGACCUGCGAUACAUAAUGGACCGUCGACAUGGUCAGAUUUGUUAGAAAAACAAUUCGGUAUCUUUUUUGAUUUCAAUCUUAUAUCGAAUCGUAAUGUGCUUGACUCAACCGCAUUCGACACUUUACCAUGGAAGCGAAAUCUCGACGCUUUUCAGAGAGCCGAUGCGAGCUGGCGUAAUAUGCUCGUAUUCCAACCUCCUUGUUAUCAGUUUGCGAUAGAGAGAAUUAGGUAUGAUCGAAGUGGGAUUAUGCAACAAACUGUCAUUCUGCCAUGUCCAGAUGGUCUGAGAAUGGGAAUGGUCUGGGACAUAGCACAAGAAUGGUGUUUGAGAAGAAAACAUUGGUUACAAAUGUCUGGUCCUGAGGUCGAAAAAGAGUAUCGAAACCCUGAAGUUGGAUAUGAUGAACCGAUGAUUCCAAAGAUGAUACUUCACUGGCACAUAACUUGUCCCCGUCGAGGUUCUCAGGCCAGUUUAGAAGACGAUUGGGCCAGCAAGGGCAGAGAGGAAUUUGAUUUAUUCAAAUUGUAA